AUGCCUUCCAGCAAGUCACGCCUAUCCCAGCAGCCUUACCCAGAACUUCAGCUAACACCACCACCAACAGGAUCGGCGAUGAAGUUUCGACCGAUUAUUAUAUCGGGGCCUUCAGGAGUGGGCAAGGGAACGUUGAUACAAAUGCUUCAUGACAAGCAUCCUGGCCUUCUCACAAAGACAGUUUCCCAUACUACGCGCCAACCUCGACAAGGCGAAAUCGAAGGAGAAAACUAUUUCUUCAUUUCGAAGAGCAAGUUCAGAUCACUUAUUUCCAAAAACGCUUUUGUCGAAUAUACGUAUUUCAGCGGCAACUACUACGGCACUACCAAACAGACCAUCAAAGACCAAACGGCAAAAGGCAUGAUGGUGGUGCUGGAGAUUGACAUUGAAGGUGUCAAGCAAAUGCGCAAGGCCACUGAUAUUGACGCCAGCUACGUUUUCAUCAAGCCACCAAGUUUUGAAGAACUGGAGACUCGACUUCGGAAUCGCAGCACUGAGACUGAAGAGAGCAUAGAACAGAGACUUCAGCAAGCGAAGCAGGAGCUUGAGCAAGCAGAUACUCCUGGGCUGUAUGACAUGGUUCUUGUGAAUGAGGAUAUCGCAGUGUCAUAUAGGGACUAG